AUGGCCAAAGGCGCACAGAAGCGCAUUGCUUCGGGCAACGCAAGUGCCGUGUCGACGCUCGCAUACGGCUUUGUGAUCUCCAACACAGUCCACCUGCUGCUCAACUUUUGGCUGUGGCGCACGCCUGCGACGACGCACUGGCGCCCGGUCGCCAUGUACGUCGUGACCGAGGCGAUUGCGGCCGUGCUGGGCCUCCAGCUGGCGGCGAUGGGCCGCGCGGGCGACGACCUGAGCCAGAGUGGGCUGACCGCGUACAUGUUUGACGUGGUGUACAUCACCUGGUUUGUGCACGUCACGACCGCGCUGAUUUCGCGCUACUUCUGGUGGACGUAUGCCGUGAUCCCCGCGUACGCCCUCUACCUCUUGUAUACCCAUAUCCUCGUGCCGUUCGUCUUUGGCGGCAAGUCGCCGCUGAGCCGCGGCACGAGCGCACCUGCGCCCGCUCCCGCCGCCGAGGAGCCGCAGGUGAGCAAGCGCCAGGCGAAGCAGCAGGCGCGCAGCGCUCGUGGUCCCCGCAUGCAGACGCGUCGGGGUGGAUAG